AUGAGUCCACCGGUCAUCACGACGCUUGACCGUACCGACGCGCCUCCAGCUACCUCGACCUUUUCCAGCCUAUCGGUCACGGCGAUCCCUUCAGUCAACCCAAGCGUAUAUUUGUUGCAAACAGCAGGACAAGUUGGUACACCACCGCCAACCACGCCGCCAUCACCCAUACCCACGUCAUUCCGGGAGCAGGCAGAGAAUGCGUUCGCCAAUGUGGCUGCGUGUCUGGCGCUGAAGAGUGCGACACCCCGCGACAUCACAAAAAUUAGCAUAUUCGUUGUCGACCUUGAACCAUCCAUGCGGGGAGCUCUGAUCGAGGUGAUUCAGAACUUUUUCAGGGGCGAAGGAGACGACGCGCCGCAUAAGCCGCCGAGCUCGCUCAUCGGCGUCGCGCGCCUCGCGUCCAGCGAAUUUCUAAUUGAAGUCGAGGCCACUGCUGUUGUUGCGGUUGCAUAA